GUCGCUCGACGGCGCUCGCAGGGCAGGGCGAGCAGCGCCGCCAGUAAGGGUGCGCCAGUGCCGGCCGCGCUGCCCUCUCUCUCUGCGGCCCGCGGGCCACGCACGGCCGAUGGGGCUGGACCCGGGCGGAGGCGCCUGAGGACGGCGGUGGCCUCCAGGGCGGCCAUGGCGCGCAGCAGGAGGGACGUCAUCGCGCAGGUGGUGGCCGACUACAUGCAGCAGACCUCGCUGCACGGCUACCGCUACCUCACCGAGCCCGGCCGUCACUGGUUUGAGAGGCUGCUGUGGCUGGUGGUGCACGCCCUGGCGACGGGCGGCGUGGUGUGGCAGGUCAACACCAUGUACCACGAGUACCGCACGCAGGUGCCCAUCACGACGGUGCAGUCGACGCACUACCACGUGUCGCUCGUGCCCUUUCCCGCAGUGGCCAUCUGCGACAUUAACAAGAUUCGCAAGAGCCGGGUUCAGGCUUUAGCCGCCAAACUCAUUCGCGAACACGGGUUGGCGAGCGUGACACAAGAAGAGUUGACGGGGCUGCUGCGCUUCCUUGGCAGGCUGUACGACCACAGCCGUGAGGGCGAGGAGUAUAUCAUGCGGUUAGAGGAGCUGUUCAUCACCUACAACGUCACCCUGGACUACCGAGGAGUAAUGCAGAUGCUUGGCACCCAGUGCGAUGAGCUGCUCCUGGCGUGUCGGUGGGCGGGCAAGGCCAAACCUUGCACCGAACUGUUCGAGACGCGGAAGACCAUGGAGGGCUACUGCUGCACCUUCAACUAUGUGCGUCCGACAGAUAACUUCGACACGAGGCUGCAUGCCAACGGCUCCAUCGCGACGGUAAAGACGUCACGCUACGACGAGACCGGGGAGGUGGUCGCCGAAGACGCUCAGCGGUCGCUCGCAGAUGGCCCCAUGAUGGGUCUUUCUGUACUCGUCAACUCCAACAUAUCCGAUUACUUCUAUCCGCUACUGCCAACCACGGGCGUUAAGUUGCUGGUGUUCAACCCCAACGACUACCCCGACACGGCGAGCGGCGGGCUCAUAGAGAAGCUCGUCAUGGCGCAGGAGGAGGUGUUCUUCACGCUCAGCUCCGUUACCACCAAGCCGACGGCGGAGGUCGUGGGCCUGAGCAAGGAGCGCCGCGGUUGCCUAUUCAACAACGAGAAGAUUCUCUUCUCCAACUUCUAUUCGUACUCGGACUGUCUCAUGGACUGCCGCGUGCAGUCCAUGCGCAACCUGUGCGGCUGCCUGCCCUUCUACUCGCCCGUCAAGGGCAAGGAAGAAGACACGAGGGUCUGUGAGAUUGGCGACUUGCGGUGCCUCAACAAACAUACCGAGAUGUGGCAGACUCUACGGCCGCGGCAGGACCUCCCAGGCUUGGAGCUAGAGAUGACCCAGUCACUAGAGUGCAACGAAUGCUUCCCGGCCUGCGGCGACACGGUGUACCACGUGGAGACCACCAGCAUGCCCCUGCAGCAGGUGCUCAUGGACCACUCCAACUUCCUGCGGGGAUUCAAGGUGGAGAACCACAGCGCGUUCCACAUCUACUUCGGCUCUACCAGCCAGUCGCUCAUGAACAAGAGCGUGCGAAUGGCGUGGCCAGAUCUGCUCAGCAACGUCGGAGGCAUCUGCGGCGUGUUCGUCGGCUUCAGCGCCAUGAGCGUCAUCGAAUUCCUUUACUUCUUCACGCUACGGGUCUUCGUGGCGCUCAGCUCGCGCCGCCGCAUGUCUCUGGGGCGCGCCGCGGUGGCCGGCAGCGUGGGCUUCCAGGGCUUCACGCCGGCGCCGCUCACGGGGCACAAGCCCGCCGCGGCGGCGCGCGCCGGCCCCCCGGCCCCCCGCUACCCCAAGGAGCUGCUCAGCGCCGGGGUCGUCCUAACCCCGACCACCGCGCCCGCCGACGGCGGCCACUUCAGCUGGGGGCGCUACUCGUUCCACUCGCAGCCGCAAUCGCACCAGGCACAGCAGCAUGGCCCGCGCAGAUACUAGGAGCCUAUUAGGCUUUAUAAAGGCGACAUUCCGACAUUUUCGGGAACAAACAAUAAUGUUCGAUCAGAUUUGGGUGCCUAAGAAAAAUUCCACUCAUUCUAUUCUGCAAAUAAAUAAUGUAAGCAGUGGAGAUCA